GGAAAGCAUUUGCUAGAAAAAGGUUUCUUUUAUUCAAGAGUUAACCAAAAUAUAAGUUUUUAAAUGGAGAAGACCAAAAUUAAUUCGAGACCUAAAAUGGUUCUAGAAAAAAUGUCGCUAUUACGCCGUAGUUUGAUUUUUCAAACGAAAGAGUUCUUUCAAAAUUCAACUUUACAUGGCGUAAGAUACAUCGCCGAAAGUGGUAGACCAUUAGGAGAGAAGUUCAUGUGGUUUUGUUUUACAGCAGUUGGUGCGGUCACAGCUUUAAUUAUUAUUAUGAGCUUGUGGGAAAAAUUUCAAACCAAUCCCACUAUUACUGGAUUAGAUACCGAUUUUCAAAACCAAAAAGUCAUAUUUCCUUCAACGGUAGUUUGUCCCGAAAAUGCGUUUGACCGUCAAAAAGCUUAUGAUGUAGCUUAUCGCUCACUAGCUGCAUACGAUCAUGACCUCGCAGCCCAAAUUGCACCGUUUUUGGAACUCCUUACAUCUUUAUCUUUUGAAAAUAUAAAAGAUGCUUAUGAUAUGAGUCAGGCGGUUCCUUUGUCUAACAUUGAUGAAAAGUCUCUCCGCACGUGGGUUUUUCAAGUUAACACUGGCUGCGAAGAUACACUGGUCGAAUGUAAAUACAGAGACGAGAAGAUCAAAUGUUGUUCACAUUUUGAUCCUAUUUACACAGAACAUGGAUUUUGCUAUGCAUUCAAUAGUCGUUUUAUUUCAACUGCAAAUUCGGAUCAACCCGCACCAUCAGCGCAUGAUUUAUAUGAAACAGAUAAGAAAUGGGCUUUGCAGUUUGUACCAAAUUCUUCUUCAAAAAUUUACAUUUUUUCCCAAGAAGAAUAUUUCGGAGAGGAUAUUAAGUCGCAAUUGGAAUGGAAAGAAAACCAAUCAGUGGAAGUUCGAAUUUUAAAAAGGAGUACAUAUACUACUGAUGAUGCUCGUCAACUGACUAUUGGUCAAAGAAAAUGUAUCUUUUCGGAUGAAGUUAAACUUUCAUUUUUCCAUGAAGAGUACACAUUUACCGCUUGCAUGAAAGAUUGUCGAAUGAAGAAGUCUAUUAAACUUUGCAAAUGUAUCCCUUCAUUUUAUAGACCUGUGCCUUACGUUCCCACUUGCAAAGUCAGUCAAUUCCCUUGUCUACAAAGGUUUGCUGCAAAUAUAACAAACAUCAAAGAUUGCCUCCAUUGUGAACUUGGAUGCUCCCAAACAGUCUACAACAUUGAAAAACUUAAUAAGAACUAUGGCAAUCCAGAAGACCAGACAGUAAUUGUAGAGUUCUUGACUUGGCCGAUAAUUUGCUUCAAACGAGAAGUACUCUUUGGAUGGGUGGACUUGCUGGUAUCUUUUGGAGGAAUUGCCAGUCUUUUCUUGGGGUUCUCUCUUCUAUCAGGGGUUGAAAUAUUGUAUUACUUCACAAUGAGAGCAUGCUGCAUGGUUUAUAGAAACAAAGAAGAGUUAUAUAAAAUUGAAGAAGAUAUAAAGAAAAAACCUCCACCAAUGAUUCAAAUGUCGUUGAUACCGAAAGCGAGAAAAAGCAUUCGAAACCAGAGUGCAGUUCUUCAACUUGACAAAAUGAAAAAGCAGGCUGAAGAUUCUAAUUUAGCUGUAGUAUCAAAUCCUUUGAGUCGACGCCGACCAGAUAAAGUAAAUUGGACAUCAAGGAACGUACAUAACGGUCCCGGGUACAUAUAAUUCUGUGGGACGGAUUGUGUUACUAUGAAUGUUGAAUGAAUUUGGUGUGAAGAAACUUUUAAAUGAAUGGUUUAUUUGUAUGUCUACUAGCUAAAGGUGCGAAAGUGUUUGGAAGCGUUAGGUAAGGUUUACGAUAUGAUUAUAAAUUAUAUGAACAUUUAUUGUACACAACAGAA